AAAAUUUUUAAUUCUUUAUCCAUAAAGCCACCUCUAAUCCUUCUUUUUAGUAGAAUAAACCUUCUCUCCGAUCUUCUCCUCCCAGAAAACGUCGAGAGAAAAAAGCUCUUUCUUCUCUCUUUUCAGACUUUUCCUGUUGCAGAUCCGCUCUACUGCUGGUGCUAGUAUUGCAAUGUGCUUCAUCUUUCGGGGAUUUACGGGGUUUAUCUAGGGUUUAGUGUUUCUGUUUCGUGAUGGCGAAGAAAGCGACUGAUUUGGGCUUUUCCGAGGCGUUCAAGGAAAAUUUUAGAACAAUUGCUGAUCAACUUCAUGAUAAUGCUUCUUCGAUUCUAUCGCAGAUUGAGAACUAUAUCGUUUCCAGUGAAAAUCAGUUGCAACAAUGCUUCAAUGAGCUGAGGUUAAGAGAGGAGUCGGUUGAACGAAGGGCUGAGGAGCUGGAUGUGAGAGAAAAGGAGAUUCAAGAAUCGGUCAGAGAGAAGAUGAAAGAGGUUGAUUUGUCACGGGAAUUGGCUCGGAGGAAGUUGGAAGAACUUGGGGAUAAAGAGGAUGAAUUGUUUUGGACUGAAAAGUUGAAUCAAGAACAGAUUAUAGAGAUUAGUUCGAUGGGAGAAGCAGUUGAUGUUAAACUGGCGGAGUUGAACUUAAAGGAGGAGAAAUUUUUGUUGAAACAGAAGUCUUUUGAGAAACGUUGUAAAGAUCUUGAGUUGAAAGAGAAGCUUUUCGAAGAACGUAAUUCGGCGAUGAUAGCUAAAGAAAAGAGUUGUGAAGAAAAUUGCAGGGAAGUUGAAUUAAAGGAGAAAAGAGUGGAAGAAUUAUCUGAAGAGCUUAGGAAGAAACAAAAGUCUUUUGGGAAAAGCUGCAACGAUCUUGAGCUGAAAGUGAAGCGUUUUGAGGAACUUUAUUCAGGGAUGAUAACUCAAAAAAAGAGCUAUGAAGAAAGUUGCAGGGAAAUUAAAUUGAAGGAGAAAAAAAUGGAAGAGCUCAGGAAGGAAUAUGAAUCGAAAUCUGAAGAGCUUGAACAUCAUUUUAAUCAAUGUGAGAAGCGGUUUCAACAGAUUGAAAUUCAGGAGGGGAAAUUGAAAUUGAAGAAGAAGAAACUUAAAGAAUGGUCUGAGGAACUUGAAUUGAAGGAGAAGAGGCUUGCUGAUAUCCCACAUUCUCAUGGGGAACUUGAGACAACAGAAGAUUCAGUGGAAGGAAACACUGCAAUCCUUCGUUUUUUUGUAGAAAUGGAUGGAAAGGACUUGCAGAUUUUCCUAAAUGAGCGCUUGAAUGAGCAUGCUGUAAUGCGUGAUGACAUGGCACAGGCUCUUCGAUUUUCAUCUAACCCUGCUAAGCUAGUCUUGGAUGCAAUAGAUGGAUUUUAUCCUCCAUAUUUGAAGAAGGGGGAUAGAGAGUUUGAAGGAGAUACAGUUAAGAGUAGUUGCAUCCUCUUAUUAGAGCAGUUGAGAAAAUUUUCACCUGAAAUCAAACCCCAGGUUAGAGAAGAAGCAAAGAAAGUUGCCAUUGAUUGGAUCACAACAAUGGGAAAAGAUGCUAGCUAUCCUUUGGAGGUUUUGGGAUUCCUGCAUCUUCUGGCCUGUUUCAGAUUAGCUGAUGAUUUUGGUGAUGAUGAGCUCUUCAAUCUUUAUAAGAAAGUUCCUCAAGAUAGUCAAGAUGCUGAACUAUUGCAGGCCCUUGGUCUUGCUCAUAAGACUUCAAGUUUUAUUCAAGAUCUGAUUCAAGGGAACCAGCAUGUGGAGGCAAUUAGAUAUAUUUCCAAAUUUGGUUUAGUUAAUGAGUUCCCAAUAUUACCAAUAUUGGAAGAUUACUUUAGGCAUUCAGUGGUGGAAUCUAAAGAUACUUUGAAUGAUGGAAACAAGACACUUGAAGCAUUGAAUGGAGCAACAAGCAAAAAAUUAGAGGACUUGAAGGAUGUCUUAAGAUGUAUUGUGGAUCACAAGCUUGAAUCUGAAGCAUCUCCUGAACACCUUGAGGUUCUUAAGAAUAAAAUUGCUUCACUAGAAAAACAAAAUGCCGAUGUGGAUUUGACUUUGCCAAUUGACUCCAAUGAUCAACCACCUUCUCCAAGUGAGAAGAGAUACAUUGCAGCUACCCCUGCCCCUGCCUCUGCCCUUACCCUUGAAUCUCCAUCACAACAGCAGAGAGGUAUCAAUCAUCAGUGUACAAUAGAAUUAGCGGAAGCUGUUCCUGAUGUUGUCGAUCCUACUUGCACUAAUCCCCCUGUUCAACUGCCUAGUCAGCAGUCAACAAUAUCAUCAACCAAUACAGCCAGCUGCAUUGUGCCUACCCAUGGUACGAUGGAGGAAUGCUUACCAACAAAUCCACAAUUGGAAAGCAGAAAGGUUUCUUCAUCUGGAGGUCCUCAACAGGUGCAUCAUUUUGAUACUAGUUCAGAUGGAGAUGUUUUGAGAUUCUUACUACAAAAGCCCAAGAAAGUUAAAGUAACAGGUAGUGAAAUCAUGGAUGCUCUUCAGUUAGUAUCGGAUCCAGCAAGACUUGUUUUAGAGGUCGUGUUUGGUUGUGGUUCUUCAAACAUGGAGAAAAAUGAGGGUUUUGAUUUAUGUGUACCUCAAAAGCGUUGCAUUUUAUUGCUGGGGCUGUUAAGGAGAAUCUUGCCAAAAAUUAAGCAACAGGUGAAAGACGAAGCAAAGAAAUAUGCAAUGAACUGGCAACGGAAAUUGGUAAAGAAGAGAGAAGGUUUGGAAGUCACAUGUUUUCUGCAAUUUUUGGCUGCCUAUCGUUUAGCUACUAUUUUUAAACAACACGAGCUUCUUGAUCUAUUGGAUAAUAAUCACUGGCGUCAAAUGGCUCCUGAUUUAUGUCAAGUUCUUGGUUUGGAGAAUGCAAUUCCCAAGUUUAUUAAAAAGCAAAUUAACAAGGGUUUGCAUCUUGAAGCUGUUAAGUAUAUCUGUUCACUAGAUAUGGUUCACAAGUUCCCACCGUUACCUCUUCUGAAAAAGCACUUGGAGAAUUUAAAGAAGGCUGCCAGGAAUGCAUGCAGGAAAAGGAAGAAGAACGUUCCAGCAAAGAUUAGCGCCAUACAAAAAGAGUUAGAUGACAUUAAGAUUGUAAAAAGAUUGCUUGUGAAUUAUAAGCUUGAAUCCGAAGUUCUUGGUGAUGUGCUCAAGAACCGCGUUGCACAACUGCAAAAGGAGAAGGCCAAGAAAAAAUCUGGGCUUCCAACUGUACUGAACACACAAGCUCAGAAACACGGUGGGAAUGAGAAGGCAGAUCAACAAUUUGGGCUUCCAACCACACUCGAGACACUACCUCUACAAUGGAGUGGAAAUGAGAAUGGGGAGAAACAACCCGAGCAUCCAGCUGUACUAGAGACGAAAUCUCAACCGCAAAGUGGAAAUGAGAAGGCGGAGAAACAACCUGAGCAUCCAACUUUAUUUGAGACAAAUUCUCAACAGCGAAGUGGAAAUGAGAAGGCUGAGAAACAAUCUGAGCAUCCAACUUUAUUCGAGACAAAUUCUCAACAGCAAAGUGAAAAUGAGACGGCCGAGAAACAAUCUAAGCGUCCAACUUUAUUAGAGACACAACCUCAACAACAUUGCGGAAAUAAGCGUCCUCGGACUCAUGCAUCAUCCCCUAGGCACUCGAUGCAGGCGGGGCCCCAACUGUCACAAGAUUCCAUGAUUGAAGCCAUGCCACAACUGAGUAAAGGAACUACAGAAACUGGCUUGGCGGACUACCGUAACGCUAACAGGCACAUGAGUCAAAACCUUGGUAAUUUUUCUUACCAUAAUUGGAAUAUGCAUCCUGGCUGUGGCAAUAGGCAGCUGCCACCUUUUGGCAGCCCUGUGGAUGGACCACCUGGCGAUGGUCAUUGGUCACUGCCCUUCGGGGGUCCUAAGGAUGCAUCACCGCUCCUGCCGCCCCUUGGUUGUUACCGUGGACCAGUGCCUUGCCGUGGCUUUGGGGUUCCUGAGGUUGACGUACCAUCGCCAUUGCCACCAGGCCCACCACCGCAGCUACUACCAGGUCGGCCACCAUCUCUGCCUCCAUCUAGUUUUCACCAUCAACCAAUGCCUUGUGGUGGCUUUAGGGUUCCUAAGGUUGCAGGCCCACCGCCGCAGUUGGUACCAAACCUGCAGCCACCCCUGCCACCAGGCCUACCACCCGCUUCGUCUCGACCUUGUUUCCGCCAUCUACCAAUGCCUUACUGUCCCAAGGAUGCACCAGUACCCACACCACCUUUUUUUCACCAUGGUCAAGUGCCUUUCAAUGGCUCUAAUUUACCACGGACUUAAAAAUCUGUUUUUGUUGGUAAUACAGUUUAUUUUUUGGCCCUUGCUGAUUCAGUGGUUGGCUUACUUCUGUUUUCAUGGUCGUAUUCCGUUAAUUUAUUUUGUAAACUGCACUUCUACUUUGAACUUGAUGUAGCAUCUGAUAAGUUUUUUUUU